CCCAGAUCCCAACCAAUAGAUUCCCUCAUCUUCAUCUUCCCCUCCAUCCUCGCGGACUCGGGUGGCGCGAGGGACGACCCCAACGCGUCGAGUCCAACAGUAUCGCGGAACCCUCGCUGCAGAACGGCCGCCUGCUUCCUUGCGGGCUCGCCGGCCAAAGUGAAGCGCGCCGUCUCGCGGAAAUCAUCCUCCCGCGAGUCGUCCUCCUCCUCUCUAGUGAACUGGCGUCGGGCGGAGACACUCCCGUGAUUGAUUCCUUCGGCUGCUGAUCAGCAGAAUGCCUCGAGGGCAAGGCUCUUCUGUGUCAACCCGUGAGAAGCCUAAAGGUGAUCGAGCAGUUGAUCCAAAUGAGGACAACUGCAAGCACAGGAGGGGUGCUUAUUUGUUGCUGGGAUUGUUGAUAGUAUUCCUUCAUGGAUCCUGGUCUGUUUAUCGUUUCCAGUUUGGAAACCUUCCUUUGCCCCUAGAUGCCAAGCAGGCUGGCAAGAGGGGUUUCUCGGAAGCUUCUGCUCUUGAGCAUGUGAAGUAUUUAACAAGCUUGGGUCCUCAUCCAGUUGGUUCGGACUCCCUUGAUAUUGCCAUCCAGUAUGUGUAUGCAGUAGCAGAAAAAAUAAAGACGACAGCUCAUUGGGAGGUUGAUGUUCAAUUGGAGCUGUUUCACACAGAUAUUGGCGCAAAUCGUCUAUCUAAAGGUCUUUUCAAGGGAAAAACUCUCUUGUAUUCAGAUUUGAAGCAUGUGCUACUGAGAGUUGUCCCCAAGUAUAUGCCUGAAGCUGAGGAAAAUUUGAUUCUGGUUUCUUCGCAUAUUGACACUGUUUCCACAACGGAAGGUGCUGGAGAUUGCAGUUCAUGUGUUGGAGUCAUGUUAGAGCUUGCACGGGGAGUAGCUCAGUGGGCACAUGGGUUUAAGAGUGGUGUCCUGUUUUUAUUUAACACCGGAGAAGAAGAGGGUCUUGAUGGCGCCCAUAGUUUUAUAACUCAGCACCACUGGAGAAAUUCAGUAUGUUUUGCUAUUGAUUUGGAAGCUAUGGGUAUCAGUGGGAAAUCCACUCUUUUUCAGGGUACUGACCAUUGGGCACUGGAGAGCUUUGCAGCUGUAGCCAAAUAUCCAUCUGCUCAGAUAGCUUCACAGGACAUUUUUCAUUCUGGAGCAAUAAAAUCUGCUACAGAUUUUCAAAUAUAUCAGGAAGUUGCUGGUCUUCCUGGACUUGAUUUUGCAUAUACAGAUACAACAUCGGUGUAUCACACAAAGAAUGACAAGAUGAAGCUUCUGAAACCGGGGUCUCUUCAGCAUAUUGGAGAUAACAUGCUUGCUUUCCUACUCCACUCUGCAGCAUCACCAAAUUUUUUGAAAAAUGCACAGCAACAAAAGCAAGAAAACACGGAGCAGAAUAAGGCGGUUUUCUUUGACAUUCUGGGCAUGUACAUGGUGGUCUAUUCACAGCGACUUGCUACCAUGUUUCACAACUCAAUCAUAUUGCAGUCACUUCUGAUAUGGGGAACAUCAUUACUUAUGGGUGGACGCUCUGGGCUUGUGUCCUUCGGAAUAUCAUGUCUGGGCACUAUUCUAAUGUUGAUAUUUUCUAUCUGCUUACCAGUUGUGGUAGCAUUUAUUCUGCCCCAUAUAUGUCCAUUUCCUGUUCCUUAUAUUGCAAAUCCAUGGUUAAUUAUUGGCUUAUUUGGUUCACCUGCACUGCUUGGAGCAUUUAUUGGUCAGCAUAUUGGGUUUAUUCUCCUGAAGAGGCAUCUUCGAUGUGUGUAUGCUAUAACAAAACCAGGCCUAACUCAUAACACAAGGGAAUAUGUUAUUGACCUAGAAGCCGAGAGAUGGAUUUUUAAAUCUGGUUUUGUCCAGUGGCUAAUAGUUCUAAUACUGGGAACCUAUUUCAAGGUUGGAUCUUCGUAUAUAGCGCUCAUCUGGCUUGUUUCGCCUGCUUUUGCAUAUGGUUUUCUGGAAGCUACUCUUUCUCCUGUUCGGUUACCUAAACAGCUUAAAGUUGUCACAUUGGUUCUGGGUAUGGCUGCACCUGUUGUAUCCUCUGCUGGUUUGGCUGUUCGCAUGGCAGAUGUAAUUGUCGGGAGUGUUGUACGUGUUGACAGGAAUCCUGGUGGGCUACCAGACUGGCUUGGAAAUGUAAUUGUAGCUGUUGCCAUUGCAAUCGUCAUUUGUUUCAUGUUUGUGUAUCUUCUUUCAUACGUUCAUAUCUCAGGUGAUAAAAGAACUCUUGGUUUGCUAUUAUGCAUAUUCUUUGGUCUUUCACUGGCAUUGGUGUCAAGCGGCAUUGUGCCAGCAUUUACGGAGGAUGUGGCUCGAUCUGUAAAUGUUGUACAUGUCGUGGAUGCUACAGGAAUAGAUGAUGGAAAUAGAGAACCAUUAUCCUAUAUUUCUCUGUUUUCCAAUACACCUGGAAAGUUAACAAAGGAAUUGGUAGACCUUGGAGAUGAAGAGUUUUUUUGCGGAAGGAAUAUGACUACUGACUUUGUAACAUUUACAAUGAAGUAUGGCUGUUGGAGUUACAAAGACAGCAGUACUGGAUGGAGCAAGUCUGAAGUUCCUACGCUCCGUGUAGAAAGUGAUUCAGUUACAGAUGGUGCUCGACAGACAGUAAUAUCAGUUGAUACAAAGUCAUCGACACGUUGGUCGCUUGGAAUCAACAAACAAGAAAUUGAUGACUUUACAGUUCAAGUGGAUUCAGAGAAACUGGUUCUUCUGGGUGAUAAGACUCAGGUGGAUGGAUGGCAUACAAUCCAGUUUGCUGGCGGCAAAAACUCGCCAACAAAAUUCCAGCUAACACUGUACUGGUCGAACAGUGCUACAGAAACAUCUCGAAGAGAAGCUAAAGAAGGAACGGAUGUUCCUCUCUUAGUAAAACUCAGAACAGAUGUGAAUAGAGUUACACCGCAGGUCACAAAUGUCCUCGAGAAGCUGCCACGGUGGUCCACGCCCUUUGGCAAGUCCACUUCCCCGUACACACUCGCUUUCUUGACGGGCCUUCGUGUCAAUAUUUAGGCAGCAACAUUUGUUCCCCAGACUUAGAUGUAGUCACAGCUUUCAUUCGUCCUGUAUCUAGCUAUACCUAUUAGUUUACCAUCCAAACAUAGCACGUUAUAGCCCCCACAGAAUGUACACUUCACGGCCAGAAGUCGACAGGACUUUGGGAAAAUAAGCAUCAAACGUACAAAAGUACGGGACAGACCGGUUGAAAACGUGUUCUGCAGAUCCAUAGUUAUCGUGUGUUUUCUUUCUGAGCAAUUAGUUGCCUUAUGUGAAAAACCUUAAUGUUGGAUUGUGCUGGUGUACACGAAAGGAUGAUUUUGCAUUUUCGAUC